AUGUCAGAUGGGCCAAAUGAUGCUGCAUUGGCAAUAUCAGCAUCACCUGUUAACAACAACAAAUCAUUUUCACAAAACUUAUCACAAGAACAAUUAAGGUCAAAACAUUUAUAUAAUUUGAUACAUUCUUUACCUCAAUCUAUUCCUAUAUCCAGACUGUAUUCGUUGCAAUUUGAUAAAUUAAACAAUGAUAAAAAUUUGAAUUUGCCACCAGUGGUGAGUAAAAAGUUAUGUCAAAAGUGUGGAGUCUUGUUGAUUCCUGGUAUCAAUUUGACAACUAGGAUAAAGUUUAAGAAAAGAGAUAGAACAACGAUUAAAAAAGAUGAGAAUGACAACAAGUCAAUAUCUGGCAAUCAAAAUCCAAGAAGUAAAUUAAAACAAAGGUGUUUAAGCUGUGGGAAUAUCACAUACCAUGAAUUGAGCAAUACUUCAACAAAUGAAAAGCAAAAAAUAAUCAAUAACAAUUUGAAAGAAGCAAGCAAUGGUACCCCACUCAAAGAUGUUGUACCAGAGACGCCGAAUGAGCCAGAAAAACUAAUUUCAAGUCAUAUAGAAGAAAGUUCUUCACCGCAAAAUGAUUCAUCAAUUGGUAAUCAAGCAUCAUCGAAGAAUUCUACGACUUCAUCAACUAUAUCAACUGAAGAACCAGUUCAAGGUUCGUCAUCAUCAUCAUCAUCAACAUCAACAACAACCAACCAGAAAAAUAAAUCAGCGAAAGAAAGAUCAAAAAAGAGAAAAGCAGAAUCUAAUUUAUUAAAUGCAAUGAAACAAAGAAAAAUGGAACAAAAUUCAAAAAAUAAAAAAAUGAAUUCUUUGAAUUUAAUGGAUUUUUUACAAUAA